UAGAGGAGGAAGAUGAGGAGGAGAAGAGAAUGGAGAAGGAGGACGAGGAGUGGAAAGAAGGAGAAAAGGUCGAGGAGGAGGAUAAAGAGGUGGAGGAUGAAGAGGAGGAGGCGGAGGAGGAGGAGGCGAGGGUUGACGAGGUGGCGGAGGAGGAUGGGGAGGAGAAGCGCGACCUUUUUUUUUUAUUUUUUCUGGUUACCUUCUUCCCUCUCCUCGUCCUCUUCUUCCGCCACCUCCGUGUCGUCGACCACCUCCUCGUCCUCCUCCCCCUCCUCCUCGUCCUCUUUACCUCUUCCUCCUAUGACGAAAGCACGGUACCACGUCAGCACGCGCGGCUUACAAAAGUCGUGCGUGCUCACGUGGCAGCCGUGCGUUCGUCAGAGGAGGAAGAGGAUAAAGAGAAUGAGGAGGAGGGGGAGGAGGACGAGGAGGUGGUCGACGCCACGGAGAUGGAGGAAGAAGAGGACGAGGAAAGGGAGGAAGGUGGGGAGGAGGACUUCGAUAUGGUGGAGGAGGAGGAAGAAAACCACGAGGAGGUGGAGGAGGAAGAGGACGAGGAAGAGGAGGAGGAAGACGAGGAGAAAGAAGCAGAUGACGAGGAGGAGGAGGAGGUGGGGGAGGAGGUCGACGAGGUGGAGGAGGAGGAAGAAGACGAGGAGGAGGAAAAGGUGAAGGAGGUCGACGAGGUGGAGGAGGAAGAAGACGAGGAGGAGAAGGUGGAGGAGGUCGACGAGGUGGAGGAGGAGGAGAAGAUGAGGAGGACGAGGUGGAGGCCCUGGAGGGGGAGUAGAACGGGGAGGAUAUGGCGGGUUACGAGUCAGAGGACGAGGAUGAAGAAGAAGAGGAGGAGGAGGAGGAGGAGGAGAAGGAGGAGGAGAAGAAGGAGGGGGAGGAGGAGGACGCGACGUGGUUUCUCACCUGGGAGGUGAUGGAGACAACAACGACAGCGACGACGACGACGACGACGACUCCCCGGGCGGGUGACUGGCGGGGUAUGCGCGUUCGAAUUC